AUGCAAGGACGGAGUAAACUUUGUGCCAAAUUGACCAGCACGUUCCUCAGGAAGUGGUGGUUCGUGAUCGGAAUCGGCGUCGUCCUGAUAAUCCUCGGCGCCGUGGUAGCCGCCACAUUUUCCUGCCUAGUUCGUUUGGUCAUAGAUAGCCAAAUUGUUCUUCAACCUGGUUCACAGACGUAUGGCUGGUGGGCAAAACCGCCGGUAGAACCUGUAAUCAGAAUUUAUGUCUACAACAUGACGAACGCCGACGAGUUCCUCAACAACGGUUCAAAACCGAUAUUAGACGAAUUGGGACCAUACGUUUAUCUUGAGGAUUGGGAGAAAGUAGACAUCGAGGUAAAUGACAACAACACGCUCAGCUUCAACCAACGCAAAGUGUACCGAUUUAGCGAAGAACUUUCGGCGGGAGCUGAAGAAGACGUUGUCGUCGUACCCAAUAUUCCUAUGCUGAGUGCCACAUCUCAAUCAAAACAUGCAGCCAGGUUCUUGCGAUUGGCAAUGGCUUCGAUUAUGGACAUUUUAAAAAUUAAACCUUUCGUUGAGGUAUCAGUAGGGCAACUUCUGUGGGGUUACGAAGACCCUCUAUUGAAACUUGCUAAAGACGUCGUGCCUAAAGAACAGAAACUUCCCUAUGAAGAAUUUGGUCUGAUGUACGGGAAAAACGGUACAUCCAACGACCGCGUGACCAUGUUCACGGGGGCCGGUGAUAUAACACAAUAUGGAAUCAUCGACCGUUACAACGGGCGCUCUCACCUGCCCCACUGGACCCAAGAGCAAUGCAAUAGGUUGAACGGAUCAGAUGGAUCCAUCUUCCCGCCUCACAUCUCCAAGAACACGACGCUCUACGUUUACGAGAAGGAUUUGUGCAGAUUGUUGCCGCUUUCUUUCGAGAAAGAAAUAACAAACAAAGGCGUACCCGGAUAUCGUUUCACGCCAUCUCCUGAUGUGUUUGCCAGCGUUGAGAAGAAUCCCGACAACGUAUGCUUCUGUCCGGCUGGUCCACCGUGCGCUCCACAUGGACUUUUCAACGUAUCCUUGUGUCAAUAUGAUUCGCCGAUCUUGCUGAGUUUCCCACAUUUCUAUAUGGCAAAUGACUCACUGAGGCUUGCCGUCGAAGGCAUCUCGCCACCGGAGAAAGAUAAACAUCAACUUUACAUCGACGUCCAGCCGGAAAUGGGAAAUGCUCUCCAAGCACGCGCUCGCAUUCAAAUCAAUUUAGCAGUUUCACAAGUGGUGGAUAUCAAACAAGUAGCUAACUUCCCCGAUAUUGUUUUCCCAAUUUUGUGGUUCGAAGAGGGAAUCGACCAUUUGCCCGAUGAGAUCACCGACCUAUUAAAUUUGGCAACCAAAUAUCCGCCAGUUGCUAAAAAAGUUCUUUCUUACGGCAUGCUCGGUUUGGGAGUGUUGGUCGUUCUCUUGGCAAUCACAUGUCUAAUUCGAUCAUCACACCGGCAAAGUACUUUGCAUUUAGAAGGAUCGAGUUAUUUGGCGGCCAUGCACAACAAUGCGGCCAAUCCGGAGAAAUCGAAAACUGGUGAAGUUACAAACCCCGGAUUCGAAAUGGGCAAUAAGUGAUUAUAAA